AUGGAGGCUGUUCAUGCGGAGAGGUCCAAGCUGGUUCAGAGGCAGAAGCAGCAGCGACAGGAGCUGGAGAAGAAAAUCAAGAAGCUCAAAGGGGCCAUGAAAGAGGCUGCACAAAAGGAGAUGGAUGAGCUGGAGCAGCAGCACGAGGCUGAACUGACAAAGUUCGAUGCGAACAAGGGUGUCGCAGAAGGCCCAGGCAAAGAAGUUGCUGCAGAGGCAGAUGCAGCUUCAAUUCUUCAGGACGCCAAGAAGUUUCGUGACCGAAACUGGAGCGGCUUGUCCAAGAAAGAACUGGAGGAGGAAUGCGUUGCAAGAGGUCUAGGCAAGAAGGGCUCCAAGGAAGACCUCGUGCAGAAGCUGAUCAUAUUUCAGCAGGAGUUGACUUCAAAGCUCGCGGCAGCAGAGGAGGCUAAACCUUCCCAGGGCUAUGCCGCUCAAGCUGCGCCGGUUGCAUCGGACAAGUCUGCGAAAGGCAGCAAGGAUGAGGACGAUGAGGAUGAGGAUGAGGACGACGAUGAUGAGGACGACGAUGAUGACGACGAGGAUGAUGAUGACGAGGUAGAUGCAGAGGAAAUGGAGCGACAGGGUAAACGAGAAAAGGCGAUUCAGAAGGCAAUGCGCUUUCUCUUGACCGAGAAAUGCCCAGAUGGGUUCUUGCUGAGCGAGCUUGUCGAAAAGCUAGAAAUGGUCAAUGUUCGGGGCUUUGCGCCAGAGAAGCUCGGCUACAAAACCACGGAGAAGUUCGUCCGACGCCAACCUGAGGCAGUCUUGAGAUACCGAAAAAAGGAUCAGAUGAUCCUGCCACCUCGUAGACGGGGGCCGGAGAAGCUUUCAGCUAUUGAGGAGUAG